ACGCGUUCCGGAGGAGGAGCGCAGACGCGUUUAAAAAGCCGCUCUCGACGCUUGAGAGAGCCACAGCGCGCUGAUCUUCACUAGUCCGACUCAAACCACUCACACACCACAGAAACAUGAUUAAGAAAAUGAGUCCCUCGGAGAACGAGUUUGACAUCCCGGCGAAAAACUGCUACAGGAUGGUCAUUCUCGGAUCCACCAAAGUUGGCAAGACGGCGAUAGUGUCUCGCUUCUUGAGCGGACGCUUCGAGGAGCAGUACACGCCGACCAUAGAGGACUUCCACAGGAAACUCUACAGCAUUAAAGGAGAUGUGUAUCAGCUGGACAUUUUGGAUACUUCAGGGAACCAUCCGUUCCCAGCUAUGAGGAGGCUAUCCAUUCUCACAGGUGAUGUUUUCAUCCUGGUGUUCAGUCUGGACAACCGCGAGUCGUUUUGUGAGGUCCAGCGGCUCAAGCAGCAGAUCUACGAGACCAAGUCCUGCCUUAAAAACAAGACCAAAGAGAACGUGGACGUCCCGUUGGUCAUCUGCGGGAACAAGGGCGACCGCGAGUUCUGCCGCGAGGUUCAGCGAGAGGAGAUCGAGCAGCUGAUCGCCGGCGAAGAGCAGUGCGCCUACUUCGAGAUCUCCGCCAAGAAGAACACUAACGUCGACCAGAUGUUCCAGAGACUUUUUGCUCUCGCCAAACUGCCCAACGAGAUGAGCCCGGACCUCCAUCGCAAGGUGUCCGUGCAGUACUGCGACAUUCUGCACAAGAAGUCCCUCCGAAACAAGAAGAUCAAGGACGGCGACGCGUACGGCAUCGUUGCGCCUUUUGCGCGCCGUCCGAGCGUGCAUAGUGACUUGAUGUACAUCAAAGAGAAGGCGAUAGGAGGCGCACAGGCGAAGGACAAAGAGAGAUGCGUUAUCAGCUAAAACCGAGGCGCUUCCAGCGCUGCUGCGGUCAUUACUAUGGGAUGCGGCCGUCUCGCUGCAGUCUCGGCUGAGGGAGUUAUGCCUGUUGCGGUGACUCCGAAUGGAUCGCGUUCGCACCGGCGGUAGAAGUCAUCGGCUUGAGCGCUCACCUCGCGACGUGUUAUGCUCGCGAGAUCUCCUGUACAGAAUACCGACUCUGUUCUGUUCAGUCCGAGCGCUCUGUGAUGUGGCUUAUCAACUCCAUGCUUCAAAUGUGCUUUCUUAGAACAUAUGCCUUUCUGAGUGCCGAAGGGAGAACGGGGAGUUGUGUUGCAAUGUCAGCGGUUUACAUUUUUUUGGGUUAGAUUUGAUCACAAAGAAAUCAACGUUUUAUUGCAAUUUGAACAAUUUUUUUAUUGUCAAUGAAUGUAUAUUUAUUCUUCUAUGUGAUUAUUGUUGGAUUUGACACGUGGAAAACAGAAAUAAAAUCAUUUCUCAAGAAUAUGCAUGUUUCCUCGUUACUUUUCAGCAGUGCGCGCUGAUGUACAAGACACUUCUUUAUGUGCUCACACAUUUAAGACUGCAAACCAGUAGCUAAAUCUAGCAUAUGCAUGCUUUGAAACUGCAGAAUAAUGUGAAAAUAACUUCUAGGAUGCGCAAACUAUUGUCGUUUAUAUGUGACGCCUCCUUGAUCUAUUAUGGGCAUGGAAUGAGGAGUGAGCAAAUGUAAAAAAAAAAUAAAAUGGUUUCAUAUCUUCUUAUUAUCUGAAAGCUUGCAGCUAAACUCUAUUGAGUAUGCAUGUUCCAGAUAUAACCUUUAAAACUGAACAAUAAUCUGAAAACACCUUCUAGGAAGCUCAAACUAUUCUCAUCUGUACGCGCUUGACGCCAAGAAAACGACGCGUGAUUGAUCUCUUCUGGCUUGUAAUGAGGCUUCUCUGAGCACAGUUUCAUGAUCCGUCUCAAAGCUUGCAGAUACAGUCCAUCAUACAUAUUCAGAUCAUAUCCAUUAAAACUGCAGAAUAAUUUGAAAAUACCCUCUACUCUAGGAUUCUCAAACUAUUGUCUUUUGUUGUGUACAAAUCAAUUAAUUUAUCAAUUACAUCUUGGAACUAGGAACCAAAACUCUCUCUGAACACAUUAAAAACAUGGUUUCAUCCAGGAUUGCAGCUAAAAUAAAUUUUGAGUCUAAAUAUUUCAGAUAUAUGUUUGAAAACUGCAGAAUACUAUGAAACUGCCUUCUAGGAAGCUCAAACAUGAGUCAUAUGCUGUGGACACGCUUGGCGCCAAGAAAACAUGACUUAUAAUUGACUAAUCUAUUUUGGCUUGGAACCAGGCUUCAAAAUUGUCUA